GCGCAUGCGUGUGUUUACCUGUGUUAUGAAAUAACCUCAAAAUUUUGCAAUUUAAAAAAAAAUUAUUUAGUUCUUUUAUAGUUCGGUAUUGUUAAAUAAUUGUUUAUAUAUUUAUUUCAACUUAUUGCGAUAGUUGUGUAGAAAAUGAAAAUAUAUUUCGUUUAGAAAACAAAUAAAUAUAUACUAGUCGAUGUUAAUUAAAUUCUUUGAUUAUUGAAAUUAUCUUUCAAUUAUUUCGCGUAUAUAAACAAUAACUUCAAUGCCGUUGGGAACGAAACCAGAGUGUACAAAGUGUGCAACUAAGGAAACAAUACUUUGGCAUGCCACUGAAACGGGAAAUUUUUGUAAUAAUUGUCUAGAGGAACAAAAAAAAGCUAAUGUUGAUAUCACAAAAGAAGAUGAAGAAAAAAAUGGAAAUUCUAAGCCCGCGAGAAAAAGUACUAGGGUUACUCGAUAUUGUAAAACAAAUCCAGCAGCACCUCCAUCGAAAAGUACUGUACCCAAGGGCAAAGGAAGACGACAUAUUUUUAAGAAAACGCCCAUGAAAGCUCCAACUGCAACAUCAACGACCGUCACUAGUGAAUUUGUAUUUUAUAAAGGUUCUUAUUUUCAAGUCGGUGAUGUUGUUUCAAUGCAGGAUGAGGAUGGAGGAAUUUAUUAUGCGCAAAUUCGUGGAUUAUUAACGGAUCAAUAUUGCGAAAAAAGUGCAGCAGUCACAUGGCUUUUGCCAACAACAUCAAGUCCACCGCCAGAAGAUGGAUUUAUUCCUGAAACGUACAUUAUUGGUCCAGAGGAAGAUUUGCCAAGAAAAUUGGAAUACAUGGAAUUUGUGAUGCAUGCACCUUCUGAUUAUUUUCGACUUAAAAAUAGUCCAUAUCCCAUUCCAUACACUGGUGCAGGUUCUGGUUAUAUUUGGACGUCAAUACGAAAUGAAAUUGAUCCCAUAAAUGAAUAAAUUUAAUUUUCACUAUUACAACUCGCUCAAAAAUGACACAUAUUAAUAUUGUAAACGUUCUAAGACAUUUAUGUUUUACAGCGUAUGUAAAUAAAAGACUUUUUUUGUUCAUUAUUAACAAAAACUUUCUUUAUAUAUUUAUUUAAAAAAAAAAGAAAAUAAAAAAAUCGAAAAGCAAAAUUAUCAAUACUGAUAAUAAAAAAUAUGAUAUUGAAGAAAAUAUUCUAGAUAUUAAAAAAAAAAAAAGUAAAUAGUAUAUUAUUUAUAAAAAUUUAAUAUUAACCCCUUGACCGCACAGUGGUCGAAAAAGAAAACGAAAUUUCUUUAUUUGAUUUUUACUUCUUUUGUCAGUGAUAAAUAAAUUAAAAUAAAAAAAAAUUUAUCGUGUUUAAUUUACCGUCGAAUUGUUAAAU